ACUCCCACUAUAUAUGCAAGAGCUUCUCAAUCUCUCCAAAACACAUCUAACCCGAUUCUUUCUUAUUUUAUAUCUUUCUCGCAAUAAUAUCCCAAAUGGCCUCCAAUGGAACGCUUGAAGUAGAUGUUGAGAUCAAGUCUUCUCCAGAUAAGUUCUGGAAUAAUAUCAGAGACUCCACAACUCUUUUCCCUAAGGCCUUCCCACACGAUUACAAGAGUAUUCAAGUACUCCAAGGCGAUGGAAAGGCUGCUGGCUCCAUUCGCCAGUUCACCUAUGGUGAAGGUUCUCCAAUUGUUAAGGUUUCGCAAGAGAGGAUCGAUGCUGUUGAUGAGGCGGCGAAGGAGGUAUCUUACAGUGUGAUUGAAGGUGAUCUGUUGAAGUACUACAAGAGUUUCAAGGGCAAACUAGUUGUUCUUCCAAAAGGAGAUGGGAGUUUAGUGAAAUGGAGCUGUGAGUAUGAGAAGGCAAGCGAUGACGUUGGAGUCCCACAUGCGAUUAAGGAUUUUGUAGUAAAGAACUUCAAGGAGGUCGACGAACUUGACCUCAAGGCCAAUUAGAAUUUUAGAACCUACAUUGCCGCAUUCACUUGGGGCUUUAUUAAUAUGGUCUAGUAAAUAAUAAUUGUGGAGUAUCUAAACAUAGGCUCUGCAAUUUUCUAUUAAUUAAGUUAAUCUCUAUUUAGUUGCUUUAAUCUUCAAUUGUUUUUGUUAA